AUGAUCUAUGGGUAUGAGUCGCAAUGGAAAGGUCCAGAGAGUUUGACGGUUACCAUCACAAAUAUCGCCCACAGUUUCGUAACAAGACUCAUUGCGCAGCGUGAGCACUCGGGCAAGCGUCCCAUGAUUUUUGUCGCCCACUGCUUUGGCGGAAUCGUGCUUAUCAAGGCUAUGAAUAUCUUGAAAGACAAGCAUUCGGAUGUGUUGAAAGCCGUCGCUGGCUUGGUCUUCUUCGGCACCCCAUUUCGUGGAGUAAAUGGUGCGAUGAGUAAUGGCCAACUCGUGGAGCGUGCGAGACAACAGGACGGGCAAGAAGUGCGACCGGAAAUACUCAACGUCCUCAAGGAGGAUGAUGGAUAUCUACAGGAUAUACUGCAGCAAUUUAUAAAUCUUUCAAGAGCAGGUGCAUGGUCACCGGUAAUAUGCUGCUACACAGAGAUGAAACCUGCGAGCGUUUGGAGGAUUGUCGAUGAUCGACAUGCGGCAAAGGAGAUUGUCGUCAAAGAAUCUUCAGCGAGACUCGACAUUGCUGAUAUUUGGCACGCACUGCCGCAUGAUCAUUUCAGCAUGAACAAGUUUGUCGACUGUACGGAUCAAAACUAUCUGGAAGUUGCAGGCGCAAUACUUACAAUCGCUCGCGGAUGUACCAAACGAAAAAGCUCCUGGAUGCCGCAAACUACAGCGACUACAUCGAGACCGCACAUUGCCCCAGCCCCAUCGCCCAUUCCGGCUCGAUCAUCCGGCUCUGAGAUAGGGUCGAUGAGCCUCAGUGAACCAAGGCGGCCGAGCUCUCCACGGCGACCUAGUGUCUUUGCCUGGCACAUCGAACAGACCAUACCGCGCUUCACAAUGGACAAUUCAGUGCAGAAGAUCGAUUUGAAGUGCAAGAAAGCCGGAGUGAAGUCAGCUUUCGCCUGUGGAGUAUCAUCCGAUGCCCGUCGGGUAUUUUGCCUUGACGAAGAGAAACUGGCGAUCUAUACCAUUGACGCGAUUGGCAGAGGAAGUGUGCUAUGCAGCUCGCCACCAAAACCUCCCAGAUGGAAAUAUCAUUCUGCCAAGAUGACUGCCUCCUUUUUGGUCGCUACCUACACAAGCCUUGAGAGAAGCUACUGUCGAGUAUUUCGGGUCCCUGAGAAGCCUGACGCAUCGCCCGAAUGUUUUAGAUGCGAACUUGACGAAGAAACAAGUGCCGAUUCGCAAUUCCAAUGUGUCGCGUUACAUCAGUCGUCAAGUUUUGUGCUUGUCGCUCUGGCAGAACAUGGCGUGACCGGUGCAGCAUCCGCGUCACGGAUCCAUCUCUACAAAAUCUUCCCAUAUGCAACAUACCAGCCAACCCAACAUGAAGUAAUCCCGCUGGAUGAAGUACAAGAUGAAGACGAUGGUGAAAGUUCCGCCCCACAAGCGCUACACGGACGUGCUAAGUUCCUUACGUUUUCACCAGAUGGUUCAUUUCUGUUCUGCUGCACCGGUGUUUACAAGCAAAUCGCGAAUAGUCUUACAGUAUGGCAAAUCACACACGACCUGAAUCGUUUCGUAGCUCAAUUUGUUUGCGACAAAAUCCAUCGCUACACGAAAGAGAGGAGUGUCUUAGGGAUCACCUCAGCAGCGUGCUGGCAGAGCGCCAGCACUCACCCCUACAUGUUCGUGACUACCAGCCCCAGCUCCCAACGCAAAUACAACAAAGGGGAAUGGUCCUUCAUUGCACCGAUCGGCCAGCCGUUGCCGACUAACAAAGACGACGCCAUGCACUGUCUAUACAAAGCGCAGCACGUCCAAUACAACAGCAUCAUGUGUAGUGCCAUCGCAUCCAGUGGCAAUGCAAUCGCCUUCAUCUCGCAGACUGGAAAGGUCUGUGUGGCGCCUCUACUCGCACUCACCAAAGGCGGUAUUGGCACGCCCGACGGUCUGCCCAUGGAGCUCGAGCGUAGCCUGCGGACUCUUGAGAGACCGGAAGAAGCCGACCUGCGAUUCAGCGAGGACGAUGGUCGUCUGAUUGCUGUGGACACCAAGGGCAAGCUUCUGAUCGCCCACUUUGGUGGGCGAUAA